UCUUUCAACGAGAUCGCCAUGCAGGAGUGCAGCACCGAGCUGUGCCUGUCCGUCUACGUCAUCACCUUCGUGCUGGGCUUCCCGGCCAACGUGCUGGCCUUCUACACCUUCUGCAUGAAGGUCAGGCAGAAGGCCACGCCCAUCGACAUCCUGCUACUCAACCUGACCAUCUCAGACCUCCUCUUCCUGCUCUUCCUGCCCUUCAAGAUGCAGGAAGCGAUGAACAACAUGCUGUGGGACAUGCCCUACCCUUUGUGCCCGCUGUCGGGCUUCAUCUUCUACAUGACCAUCUACAACAGCACCUUCUUCCUCACCGCCGUCAGCGUGGAGCGCUACCUGGGCGUGGCCUUCCCCAUCCAGCACAGCCUGAAGCGCCGGCCGCUCUACGCCGUGGCCGCCAGCAUCUUCUUCUGGAUCUUCUCCUUCAGCCACCUCAGCAUCGUCUUUAUCAUGCCCAUCAUCGGCACCAUGGAAGAGCCUGUGAACGCCACCGCGGGACCCAACGUCUCCAAGGUGUGCUACGAUAACUUCAGCGCCGCUCAGCUGGAGGUGCUCCUGCCCGUGCGCCUGGAGCUCUGCUUGGUGCUCUUCUGCAUCCCCUUCCUCAUCUGCAGCUUCUGCUACAUCAACUUCAUCCGCAUCCUGUCCAGGCUGCAGCACAUCGACAGGCGGCGCCGCCUGCGGGCCAUCGGCAUGGCGCUGGGGACGCUGCUGGUGUUCGCCGUGUGCUUCGGCCCCUACAACGUGUCCCACGUGGUGGGCAUCAUCACGUGGGAGAACCCCAAGUGGCGAGACAAGGCCCUGCUGUGCAGCACCUUCAACGCCUGCCUGGACCCCCUCAUCUUCUACUUCUCGUCCUCGGCAGUGCGAGGCACCGUGGGCGGUGUGAUGCAGGGGGUGAAGGGGCGCCUGAGCGGGUGCCUGUCCUGGGGGGGACGGAUGAAGCCGCCUGACAAAGAUAAGGAGAGCAAACAGGAGCAGAUCAAUGCGCUCUAA